CCGAGCCCGGACAAAUCUCCACCGUUUCCUAGCGGCGGCGGCGGCGGCGAAUCACUUUCUUCCUCAUCCUCUUGGCCGCUUUUGAGCGAAAUGAAAAUUGCUUUUCACUAAUACAACUUUGGAUUCCAGUCGCAAGCCAAGAUCAGUGAAUUGAGUUGUUGAAGACUUGACUGCGACGGUGGUUGCUGUUACUUUGAGUUAUAUUGGAUGUCAAAUGUCAAUCCUUUUGAUGAAGACUUGAGUCAAAUAAUAUGUUUCUUUUCAUGUCUCAAUUGUGCGGUGCACUCACUGGAAACGCUGGAGCUGAGGGUAGGUGAUGUAGCAGAGCACUAGAGCCUCUUCAUUUUUCACCACUUGAAGAUCUACAUAUCUUGCCUACUUGAGCACCUCUUCCAGUACUCUAGCACUGCACGUAAAAUCAUAACCACAAAAAGUUGCUAGAUUUGAGGGAAAAUGUCUUCGGCUUUGGAAGGCAUAGCAACUGUCGCCCAGCUUUCAGGGAUCGAUGGGUUGAAGCUAAUCGGGAUGAUAGUGAAAGCAGCAAGCACAGCAAAGAUGCACAAGAAGAACUGUAGGCAGUUUGCGCAGCAUCUCAAGUUAAUUGGCAAUCUAUUGGAGCAGCUCAAGCUAUCCGAGCUUAAGAAGUAUCCAGGAACAAGCGAGCCAUUAGAACUGUUUGAGGAUGCAUUGAGGAGGGCAUUUAUCCUGGUUAACAGUUGCCAAGAUCGGAGCUAUCUUUAUCUAUUAGCUAUGGGGUGGAACAUUGUGUAUCAGUUCCGGAGGGCUCAGAAUGAGAUAGACAGAUACUUGAAGAUCAUCCCCCUCAUCACCCUUGUGGACAAUGCACGUGUCAGGGAGAGAUUGGAAAUUAUUGAAAAGGAUCAAAGAGUUUACACUCUGGAUGAUGAAGACAUGAAGGUGCAACAAGUCAUAAUGAAGCCAGAACCCUCUAAAGACGAUACUGUUGUAUUGAAGAAAACACUUUCAUGUUCCUACCCAAGCAUGCCCAUCAGCGAGGCAAUUCGCAAAGAAAACGAAAAACUUCAGCUAGAGCUGCAACAUUCUCAAGCUAAUUUAGACGUACAUCAUUGUGAAUUCAUUCAGCAUCUUCUUGAUGUCACACAAGUUGUUGCUGCUACUUCUCUUCCUGAGAAAAGUUUGCCUGCCAAACCUAUCAAGGUGGAGCAUGGUUAUUCAGAUGCUGAGAGUAAUAAAGAGACUUGUGAUGAAAGCUACAGAAAAAAUACUGAUAAACAAACAACUCCAAGAAAUACUUCUUCAGUUUCAUCCAAACAGGACUUGUUAUCUUCUAAGGGUUCACAUCAAUAUGAAGAAUGGCAUUCUGAUCUUUUGGGCUGUUGUUCAGAACCCCUUCUCUGCAUAAAAACCUUACUAUUUCCAUGUGGGACAUUUUCAAAAAUUGCAACUGUAGCAACCAACAAACAUAUUUCUUCAGCAGAAGCAUGUAAUGAAUUGAUGGCAUACACCUUAAUAUUGUCCUGCUGCUGUUACACAUGUUGCAUCAGAAGGAAGCUGCGAAAACAGCUGAGCAUCUCGGGAGGGUUUAUUGAUGAUUUCCUCUCACACUUGAUGUGCUGCUGCUGCGCCCUGGUGCAAGAGCACAGGGAACUUGAGAUUCGUGGAAUCAACGCAGGCAUACAGAAGAUGAAGACAAGCCCCCCGCUCCCUCAAUUCAUGGAAUCUUAACAUAUGAGUAGAGACAAGAGCUAGCAGCAAUGGAUACAGUAUAUGUGGACUCUUAUUAUCUUUUAAAUCAAGCAUGCAUGUAUGUGGUGCGAAAUGGAGGUCCGUACGAGGGAGAUGAAGCAGCAUGUAGAUAUGAUAUAGCUAGGAAUCCUAGGAUAACCACGAUGCGUACGUUAUGUCUUUUAUUAACGUACAACAAUUAAUUUACUCUUCUGUAUGAUGCCUUUGCCAGGUCCUACCUAUGAUUUUUUCUUUAGCUGAAUUACUAUGGAGCAUAAUCUAUUAGGCCCUGUUUGGUUGAUGGAG